AUGUCCACCUCGAUGCUCAGAACGACGCUUUCCCGCAGACUGCCUGCUGCUGCUCACCAAGUGAGACACGCUGCCUCCACUGCUUACGUUCCCGGUGGUCCCAUCUACAAGGGCACUGUAAACGACCCAACGACCUUCCCGCCGCCUUCCAGGUCGCAUGGCUCGUACCACUGGGCGUUCGAAAGACUCCUCUCAGCCGGGCUGGUUCCGCUCACUGCAGCCGCCUUCGUAACCUCCGGAACAAACUACCCCAUCCUCGAUGGCAUACUCGGCAUCAGCCUGGUCAUGCAUAGUCACAUUGGGUUCGACUCGAUGAUUGUGGAUUACCUCCACCCGCGCAAGUUCCCCCUCAUUGGGCCCAUCGUGAGCUGGACUCUGAGGACGGCGACCGUUGGUGUGCUCGUUGGCGUCUACCAGUUCAAUACGAACGAUAUUGGUCUCACUGAGCUCAUUGCGAGAGUGUGGACGGCUUGA